AUGUUAUUGGUAGAUAAAAGACUUCAAAACCUGCAGAUCUACAAACUUCUCCAGUGUGUUCACCAGAAAGACAAGAAGCAAAUAGAAAAGCUGAUCAAGCUUGGCAUUCCAGGUCUCAUUAGUUUCACAGAGCCUGUGGAUGGAUACAGUGCCCUUCACUUGGCCUGCAUUAAAAAUGACAUGGACAUGUGCAGCUUCCUGCUAGAACACGGAGCUCAUCCAGAUGUCCAAGACAAAAUGGGAUGUACUCCAGCGAUGAAGGCAGCUGAGCUAGGACAUGACUUGGUUUUGGACUUACUAGUAAAAGCUCAAGCAGACAUGACUGUUGUUGAUAAUGAAGGAAGAAGUAUUCUGUUUUACAGCAUUUCACCUACAAGGCGGCACUGCCGCUGCACGCGGAUUGCCUUAGAAUAUGGUGCAGAUGUUAACAACAGCACUACUGAGGGGAAGCCUGUAUUUCUACAAGCCUGUGAGCAAGCCCAGGGGAUUAAAGAAAUAUGCCUGAAUUUUUUGGAAAGAGGAGCAGAUCCCAAUGCAGUAAACCCAGCUACAGGUCGCACAGCCUUAAUGGAAGCAGCAAGAGAAGGUGUUCUGGAGGUGGUGCGUGGUAUACUUGAGAGAGGAGGAGAUGUUAAUGUAUUUGACCUUGAAAGACACAGUGCUGCACACUUUGCAGCCAAAGGAGGCUUUUUUGAGAUUCUGAGGGUACUUUCAGCUUAUAAUGGAGACGUGGGUCUGAUUGCUAUGAAUGGGAACACACCACUUCAUUAUGCUGCGGAGGGAGGGUUUGCAGAUUGCUGCAAGUUUAUAGGACAAAGAGGCUGUGACCCUACAUGGAAGAACUUAUUAACAAAGACCCCAAGACUAAUUGCCAAGGAAGGUGGUUUUAAAGCAGCAACAAAAGAACUGCGUAAAAUUGAAAAAAUCUUUGCUAAACGUUCUAAGCCUGAAGCGAAGGAUGACAAUCCCUGCUGGGCAUUGAAGUUAUAUGACUGGUCCUUGGAACAUCAGGCUGCCCUCCGUGAGGCGUUUGAGGUAGUCAACCAGGGAGAUGGAACAGUAGCUAAAGAUGAUUUUAUAUCAGUUAUUCAGGAACGGUGUGCCUUUGUAGAUGCUGAACAAAUAGAAACCAUUGCCGAAAAGCAUGAAAUAUCUCUCGCUGCAGGAAUCAACAUUGAAGAAUUUUUUAAAGGCUCAAAAUACUUGCAAAAAGCCUAUCUCAUAACAUCUUUUGGACCCAAAAAGAAGAAAGGGAAGAAAGUAAAGGGCAAGAAAGGUGUCACAGUCCCAGUGCCGAUAUGCAUCAUUCCAGAGAGCACGUGUCCACGUAGAGAAGAUGGCUACCCUGUGUACAUGAUUGAGGCUUUUCAGAGCAUUGCAGAUAGCAACCGUUUUAACCGAUAUCACCCAUCUGCCCAUCCUGUGCAUGAUGACCGUGCAUGGUAUAUAGAUGAACCAAGGAAAAUGUACAUGAAUAUUAACGACCUUGUCAGAGCAGGAGACAUUCUGUCUCUCAAGAAAGCAUUUGAGGAGGGCGUGCCCGUAGAUGUAAGAGAUAAAUAUUACAAAACACCUUUAACGGCAGCAUGUGCGAGUGGGAACAUAGGUAUUGUGAAGUAUCUUCUGGAAAAGGGGGCUGAUGUAAAUGCAAUGGACAAUUUCAUGUGGACUCCUCUCCAUCAUGCAUGCCACGCAGGACAACUAGAUAUUGCUGAACUGAUAGUGAAGGCUGGAGGAGCAGUGGAUGCACUUGCAACUGGCAAUUCAACCCCGCUAAUGAGAGCCAUUGAGAUCUGUAGAUUGGAUAUAGUGCAGUUUUUAAUCGAUGCAGGUGCUAAUGUCCAACUGACAAACAGAAAUGGAGAAAGUGUUGUUGAUAUUGCAAAAGCAUUUGCAGAUUCUAGAAUAAUUGAUCUGCUUCAAAAUAAACUGGAUCAUUUGCCAAAAGUACCAGAAAAAAAGGCAGCAGAGAAAGGAAAGAAAGGGAAGAAGAUGGCCAAGCCAAAGUCACCUUCUAAACUGAAGCCUGUAGAGGUAGAAACUGUGAAAAAAGAGCCUUCACAGGAGUCUCUGCCAGUUGUGAAAAAAUCCAUUUUUGAAGAGGAGACACAAUCCUUUAAGGACAGUGUUAUUUAUCUGCAUUCUUUGAUAGCCAGUGGUGCUACUAAGAAAGUUGACAUCACGUUCAAACCCAGAAAAAUUUGGACUCCUGAAGACACAACAGAGGAGCCAAUAAGAAAGCGAGAAUUGCUCCAUGAGCGUUUGGCUUUUGAUGAGGACUCUGAAGACUUCAUGACACCCUUUAAGAGGAAUUUUAUGGAAAAAGCACGCCAGCUAGAAGAAGCUACUUCAACACAUGCUUCGGGGGUACAAAGAUCAAAAAGAGCUACUCCUUUAUAAGAAAGGAAUCAUGCAGCCCUUAGUAAAGGCAUUUCAAUUAUGAUAUAAAAUUGUAGCGGGCUUUUCCUCUGUGAAUUAUGUUACUAAACACAGUCUUUUGGUAAGGCCUUAGUCCUGAAAAAGAUUUAUCCUCUUGAGAUUCUGAAAUCUUGGUGCUGGCUCAGUGUACUUUAUGGAAUGCCUACUGCUGUGGCACAGAAAUCUUUUUUCUCCGUAAAGCUACAGCUUUAUGAGGCUAUUUUUGGUCCUAAGAUAAGACUCCUCCCUAGAAGAUGCGUUAUCCUCACCCUUUCUGCCAAAAGGGUAUUAAAAUAUAAAAAUAUGAACACACUAUUUCAGAAAUCCAGUAAGACACAGGUGUUCUUGAUUAUCCGCACCAGAGGCGAGAGAAGAAUAAGGUCUUAUUACUACCAGGACUACUGAUGUCCAGUGACCUGUUUUCAUAUUCUCAUACGCUUGCAAGAAUGCACAAACCUUUCUCCUCAUUCACUACUGGUGCAUUCCUUGACUGCACUGUUGAAGCAUAAUGAUUGCGCAGAACCUCUUGAAAAACACUCACACAUUCUCUGAAUGUCCAUUCAUGCAGUCAGAGCUACAUCCACAGCUAAUCCAAAUCAAUGCUUGCCCUCUGAAAGGAAUGAAGUCAAUGGAUGUCGUUCCUGACUAUAAAAGGAGAUCUUUAGGGGAAGGCAUUUGUGGUCUUGGGAAGUGAACCGAGCAGCCUGCCUUAAUUUGACAGGAAGAAAAGGAACCAGAAGUUCACUGUAGGAAGUAUGAAACGUUCCUCUAGAAUUCCACUGAGUCUACAAAACAGCUGACAACACAGAAGUGAGCUUGACAUAGAGCUUCAAAAAACGAAUAACAAGUAACAAGCUUUGGGCAGACAGAAGACUGAAAAUACUGGGAAUGUUUAGCUUAGAGGAAACAAGUGGGAAGGAAUGCCAUAAGCAAUAUUUAAAGAAGCAAAGAACGUAGAGAUGUGAAUUUAACAUUCAAUCUAUCCUUUCUUAGGAUAGGAGAACUUCACAUUAUUGAAGAACCGGGAAAGUAAUGCAAAAAGAUAUUAAAUAAUAUUAUGCAAUGCACAAGUAGCCUGUGGAACUCUGCCCGAUUAUCCUUGGAAACUUUUUUUUAAAAAAAAGAAAAAAGAUAUUUACGUAGAUUGUGAGAAGAAUCUAGUUAGCUCAUGCAGAAGGGAUAAAAUCCCUUGUGUUUCAGGACUCCAGCUAAUUACUACUUGCACACGAUAGAAGUAGUUUUCUAGCAGUACAGUUCACUGAUUGAUGUUUUGUGUCCCUUAGAGAAAAGGCACCAGCAUAGACAAAUACUGCAAGUUAAGUCAGUGUCCUAUAUGAUAAUACAUGCUCUUUAAAUUUAUUUUAUGCUAUAAGAUUAACAACUGUCUGGUUCACGAGUACAACUACCUCUGAAAAUUUGUUUUCAAGUUAUUAUCUUUUUUUUUUUUUAAUUGAAAGUCAAAGUCUGCAUAAUCUGAACUUCAAGCUGAAUUUUUUUUCCCCUCUGGUUUAUCACCACUCAUAGUAAGGAUUGUGCAGGCCAAGUGUUGCCAUCGUUGAUGUGCGACACAGCAUUUCCAUUUCUGGAUUUUCCUAGGCAUAAGAGCAGAAGUGCUCUUGAUGGAGGUGUCUUGGGGAAAGACUGCCCCCUUCACUUUCUUAAAGAAGGUGUCUGCAUGACACUGCAAGCAACUUUAAAGGCCCAAUGACUUUAAGUCAAGCUGCACGUAGAAGAAUACCUGCUAAAUACUGCAUCUAUACAAACGUGGAGUGGAGUGGAUAUGUCCAGUAAGAUACUAUUUGUAUUUCCAACUACCAUUACUGAACAUACUAUUUGGAAGACCGUGGUUGUGUAUCUUUAUUAGGAUGUUUUUCUCAAAGUAAACACCUUGUUGUAUUUUUAACAUUUUAAUGUUCCAGUAUAAAGACAGACUUUAAAGGCAAAUAGGAUACCAUUUCAAUAUAUUAGCUGUCUUAGUAUUAACAUCCGUGUAGUAUCUUCACCUGUUAGUGUCAUACUUCUGCUUGGCUGCAGAUGAUUGUAAAUAACAAAAAGUUUUAUUUACAACUGUUUCUUUCUCAUAUACAUUCUGCUCCUCUUCUAUGACUAGCUUUAACACUGUCUUUGAAAGUAGGAGACAUGGGGUCAAUUUGCUAAACAACAGCCAUUAAAAGAAGUCAAGCUGCACAGUCAGAGAGUCUUGACUCAUUUUGUAAGCAAAACUGUUUCAGGCAGAGCCAUGUUGUGGAGAUUAACCAGGAGAAUUCUCUACCGUGAGAGCCAGCUGCUCAGUUCUCCCCUGUGCAAGUACUGAGUAAGUGCUCCACACGUGGGUAAGUAGUGUUGUGUUAAAGGAAGGACCAUUUCAUGCUGACCAUGUUCCUCAUGGUAGCUGUAAGGAAAAGAAGUUGAAUGCAAAAGGAACAAGCUAAUCCUGCCAGCAGAAGGGCCUGCCUCACAUCAGCUUGGAUCAGUAGGAGUAGGAUUAAUCUUGUUGGCAAGUUGCCUUUGAAAAGGCUAUUGGGAAAGGAGAGCGUGGGGAAAACUAUUUUCUGUUCCCCUGGGAAAUGCUUAUGAACAUCAUCUUUGUGCCUUUUCAUCUUGGCCAGAGCAAGUCACAAACUCCCACAUAGCCUUCAUAUGUCCCACAAAGAAAAGGGGAGGAGAAAAAAGUUGUCCCUCAGUUGUGUCCAAACAGCUGAAUAGAGGAGAGCAGGGAGUGAAAAAGAGUGCUCCCUGGACCUGCGUUAUCCUUCUACAUAGCAGGCUGCCCAAGGCGGAGUUGUCCCAUGGGCUACUACCCCAUCUUUGAACAACAUCUAUGGGGAUGGAACCAAAGCAGAUAAGAUGGUUCCAGGUUUGGGAAGCAAUUUGGGGGGCUCUCCUUGUUGUGUUAGGUCCUAUAUCAAGAACAGCCCACACAUGUGAAUUUAGAGAUGCCUAAAGGCCUACAUCUUCAGUGUGCCAUUCAGAAGGUAGUGAGGUCCAGAAAACAAACAAACAAAAAAAAAAACCAGCCCAAGACAGACUGCUAUUUGAGGAAGAGUGAGAGAGUCAGUGUCCAUCUCUUCCAUUUUUCUCAGGCACAUUACAGUGUUAUGUCAGGUAUGUGAUAUGUCAGAUAUUUUUGAUAAAUUAUGAUCGAUUCCAUCAUCAAAAUGGAAUGGUACUGGAAUUGUUAGGAGGAAAAAAGGCCCUGCAAGGCAAAAAAACCCAACCAAACAAAAAGCAAAGCCAAAUUUACACUGGAAUAUUCCUCUGUAUACAGAGGAACACAGCCCUAAGAUGGUAGCUGAAUCACACUCAGGUGAACAGUGUGCCAGGGAAGAUAUCACAAGUGCAGUCAUGAGCCUGAUUCAGUCCUCAAGCCACCAGAUUUAAGCAGUGAUGGGAAGUGUCUUCAUAAAACAAACA